UCGGAUUCGUUCGGACGUGACGUCGCGGCUCGUGAGUACGGCGCCUUUCUAACGGGACAUCAAGCUCUGUGUUUAUGUGCGCGUGUGCGUCAGUGUGUGUGCCUGCCCACAAAGCUGUGCUACAAUAUUUGCAUUAACUAAUGCCAACAAAAUAGAGAAAAUAUCUAUUAAAAUACCAAGUGGUGAAGAAAAACCUAAGAAUAAAAACCAAAAGUCUGACCAUUAUCAAGGUUUUAUUACCAAGGACUUUCAGAUACAAUACAAACUCGCCGCUACACCGGCAGACAUAUCAAAGAAGGGAUUAUUUUGGACUGAAAAAUUCACUUUAAGGGCGCUCAAGAGCAAAAACCCGUGACAGCAUCGACCAUAUCGAAUUGAAGCCAGCCGAACGGAACCAACUUUGGGGCAAAAGUGCGUUACGGUUCCGCCAAUUAAUAUCGAUGUCACGACAAAUCAGUGUCAAUCAAUCUGUGGGAAAACGACACGAAUUUCCACAAAUAUGCGCCGGCAAAUAGAAUCGUCGGACGCUAUAAUGAGCCAUAUCAGCGAACAAAUAUUAUCCACGCCGCCAGCCACUGGAAUGGGAAAUGGCCAAAACAAUGAGCAGCAUCAUCAGCAGCACUUGAGUAAAUAGAAAAUCAGUGUUCAGAAUCAAUACAAAAUCAAUAUAAAUAGUGCGGGGCGAUAGACAGAAAUUGAUUGUCAACAUUAUUCGCUGUCGCUGUCGCGCAGAGCGAUAAAAACCCGAGUAGCGGCAACAAAAGCCAGAGCCAGAGCCAUCGGAGCGUUGAAAGCCAAACAAAGCCCGAGCUCCCCAGCGAGAAUGGGUGGCAAGCACCAGGGAUCCGGGGCAGGAGUGGGUAGCUCCUCCGGCGGCGGAGGCAGCCUCAACUCCAGCCUGUGCAACUCGGUGAUGACGAGCGCCACCACCGCGAGCAGCAGUCUCACCCAGCAGCAGCAGCAGCUGCAGGCCAAGUACAUCAAGUCGAAGCGCCACCAGAGCCGCUACACCAGCCUCCAGCACUCCGGCCACGAUUCCGGCAGCUAUCUGCACCUCAACUCGCUCUGGUCCAUCUGGUACGGAGUGCUGUUGACCCUGUUCCAGGGCUACCUGGCCAUGCACGGGGCCUACAGGUUCCUGGGCUGCUCCCUGAUACCCUGGAAAAUCGAGCCCGUGGCCGAGCUGAAUCUGCAGAUUGUGCUCUCCGGAGUGGUGUUCAUCCUGCUGCCCGUAUUUUUCACUUCGGCGGUGUUCAAGGUUGGCAACUUGGCAAACGAUGGUAUAAAAUUGGCCACCGGCGCCAGGGAAAGGCGCUGCACCCUCUCGCCGCAUGAUGGCCUGGAGGAGGAGUCGCGCGGCGGAACCCUGCGAGCACUUUGGACCCACGGCGGACCCACGGCAGCCUUUGUCCACAUCCUGAUUGCCCUCUGCCUGCUGCUGCCGCGCCUGCUGCUCGAGGCUCGCAUCAUUGAGAACGGAUUGCUGCCAAAAGAGCAAAUUUGGGCCACUGAAUUGGACUUUGUUGUGAUCAAUCGACGCAAUUUGAUGGCCAUGUCGGUGGUGGGGGCCACACCCUUCCCCAGGCACCACCAGAAUCAGCAGCAGCAGCAGCACCACCAGGAGCACAGCCGUCUCAACCUGACCGCAAACAGCUUGGAGCAGGAUGAGGAGGACUACUUCAACGAUACCAUGUUCACGGCCAUCCGAGGAGUCCCGGCCGGGGGCAAUAACAAUUUGUUCGACCUGCGACCCGAUAAGGCCAACGGCAGAAAGGCGGCCAAGACGACGGCUACUACGAAGACGAGGGCGAGGACAACUACCACCACCACUUCCAGUUCCCAACUGGAUGCGGGCAAGGGCCAAUACUUUGAAGUGCCCGAUUUAAUUAAUCAAGAUAUUGACGAAGAGGAGCGCCAGGAACUGGAGGAGGCAAUGAGGGGUGAAGCUGGAGAUGGUGAUGAUGGGGAUGCCGAUGAGGAAGGAACCGUCAUCAUGCCGGAUUUCGAUGAGUUGCCGCCAAGAACCGCAGUUGGCACGACAACCACAGCCUCGUCUGCCGAUGAUGCCGGCAAGUUGAAUGUGGAAAAUUGGCAAAAGCUGGGAACCCUGGGCAAAGAGACCACAAAGAGCAGCUCCAGUACAACACCCUCUACAACCACCACGACUAGGACAACAUCGACAACAACCACCACCACGGCGGCGACAACCACUGAAAGUACCAGCAGCACCACCAUAAAACCUGUUGACAUAAUAACGUCGAGCAGACAACCACAUCACCAUCAUGGAAAACCGCGGAAACACCACAAACAUCACAACAAACAGAGGCAGCAACAACACAAGGAUCAACAACCUCGUCGCCACCAUGUGGCCUCACAUGAGCAGGCGAUCCUCGAGAGCUUUUCGCCGGAGGAGGAGACCACCACCAGGGACAGCAGUAUCCAUAGGGUGCGACCCGAAGUCCUGCCAGAGCUGCCCAUUCCCUCCACGCCGGUUUCCGCCUCCAAUUCCAAGAUCAUAGCCAUCAAGCCCAAAAACCAGAAACGCAGGAUUUCCAAGAGAGCAGCCGGUGUAGAAAUCGAACCGGAGUACUUGCUCAACGAUGCCAACAUCAAUUCCAGUGAAUUUGUGGCCAAAUCCAAUGAGGAGGAGCCGGAAGAGGACUUCGAGCUGGAGGAUAGUGAUUUUCAGGCAGUGCCCGCCCUGACCCCAGCUCCUCCAGGUCCACCAGCGAGUGGCCCGAAAGCUGGACAGGAUUACGUCCGCUUGGAUGGCUUUGCCGGCAUGCUGCAGCUCUUCUUUGGCAUCGAUAAGCCCAUCGAUGUGGCCAUUUUCUCCCAGCCUCCCAGUGCCGAGUUUGUGAAUCUGCUGUGCGCCCUGCUGGUCUGGUCAGUUCGCUAUCCGGCGGUCUUUUGGAACACCUCCAAAGCCUUUGCCUGCGUCUUCAGCCUCCAGAUGGUGGUGGCUGCUCUGGACAUUAUCCUGGGCUAUGUGGGUGUCUCCAAUCUGUACAAGCUGCAGAUCUACGCCGAGGCCAUGCCAGUCCAUCAGCCAGGGCUCAUCCUGAACGCCGUAGUCACCCUGGCGUUGUACCUUCUGGCCACCGCCUUGGUGGUGGCCUCCUCCAUGGUCAUGUACUUGUAUGGGCAUGGGCGACUGGCCACGCGGAUGCGAGACCGCUCGAUUAUCACCCUGAAGAGCCACCAGACCUGGAUCUACUUCGCCCACUGCGCCUCCCUGUGCUUCGUUUUGGCCCUGGCGGUGGUGAAGGCGCCGCUCCUCAACGAUCUCAGUGCCACCUACAAGAACAACCUGCACUGUCCCACAUUCCUGGCGGCUCUCGUUGGAGUGACGCACCUGCUGCUGUGGAUUGUCAUCUGGCUGUGCCUGACCAUCAAGCGUCGCUGGCACUUUAAGCUUCCGCCGCUGGACAGCACUUACGGCGGAUUGCUGGGCAAGGCCAGUGCCCAGCCGCUCCUCAUGUCCAGUGGCCAGCGGGCGGGGAGCAACUCGAGCAGCAGCGGCUGCAACUCCACCAGCACCACGGUGAAUGGCGGCGACUCCAAGCCGGACAUGAUGAGCACGGCCACCAGCACGGAACUGGGCAUGGGCCUGGGUGGGGGUAUGGGUAUGGGCAUCAACGGCGGCUUGGGCGGCACGGGCAUGGGCCUGGCCGCCCAGGAGGACAUCUACUGGCCCAAGCUGACGCCCAGCUCGCCCAAGCUGAAGGUCACCUUCAACGAAGUUACGAGUACGUCUGAUGAUGUCCUACUAAUUGGUGACCAAGAACAAACUGAUGGCAAGCGCCAUACGAGCCGUGGAGCCUCGAUAUGUUUUGCCAGUGCUGCGGGGGAAGCUGACGACGGCGAGUACGCGACACUAAGGGCGGCCACCGCCGGAGCCGUCGUGGGCAUCACCAUGGGCAGCAUGAAGCGGGGCGUCAGCAACACCUCGGUGGGGGUCAGCCUGCUCCACCUCUCGGAGUACGAUGAACUUCCUCCGCCGCCGCCGCUGGCCAACAACCAUAAUCAUCAGCAGCAGCAGCAGAGGCAGCAGGCUCAAUCCUUUGCCCAUGGACAUCCCCACGACUAUGCCAACCUCAGCGGAUUGGGUGGCAUCAGCGACGACAACAUCUCGGAGGAGGGCAAGCUGCUGGCCUGUGUGCGCGACGACAGCAUCACCUACGCCUCCACCAGGGAUCUGGAGCCGCCCCAGCCGUCGGCACAGGCACAGACACCACCACCCCCGCCGCCGCUGCCCAUGAAGGGGGCCCCCGUGGCCCAGCCACCAGCGGUACUGCCCCAUUCCACCGGCAUCUACGGACGGGCCCCUCAAGCCAUGCCCGAGAUGAUGCAGCUGUCGCCCGAGCGCCAUCACAAUCCACUUCAGCAUUCUCUGCAGCAUCCACAGCAGCAUCCUCUCCAGCAGAAGCAGCAGCAACAGCAGCAGCCACCACCGCAUCCUCUCCAGCCACAGAGCAAUCCGCACCAGCAUCUAGUCAGCCCUUUGGCUCCGGUCACGGUCGCAGUUCACACCAACGAAGCGCAUAUCGCCUCCAGUUCCACACCCCGCUGCCUGCGCCGCGCCGACUCGGGCGUUCCCAACGAGGCGUUGACGCCCCGCAGCGAUACCAACUCCACCACCGAGAGCACCAACACCACCUCGCCGCCGGAGCGCGCUCCCUCCGAGUCCUCCAGCGGCGUGCAUUCGGGCGAGGAGCGUGAGCUGGAGGUCAUCAUACGGCCGCGGGCCAACAGCAAGCCACCGCCCCGCCCCCCACAGCCGCCCAUCCAGGAAGAGCCCUACGGUCGGUGCACCAACAUGCGCAUGUCCAGCUUUAAUGCGGAUCCCACGGCCAACUCCUCCUCCUCCGGCGCCUCCUCCACGUCGACGGUGGUCAUCAACAGUGCCACGCUGCCGCUGCAGCGUACGGUGCCGGAACAGAAGUUCGACUAUACGGCUCACUGCAGCACGAUGCCACUGCCGGUGGGCUGUCACAGCCAGCAGCUCGCCGGGAGCGGCGGUGGUGGCUAUGCCUCCACCUCGGCGAUGACCAGUUCCAUGGGCCCACCAUCGCAGGUCUCCAGCUUCAUGACACCGAACAGCAACAGUAGCAUGCACUACGCCAAUGCCUCGGUGGCCCUGGGAAGUGGCCAACAGACGCCGCACACCACGCUGCCCAAUGGAGUGCGCUACUCCAAUCCGCACUUCCUGCGCCGCCUGCCGCACGUGACCAAGGCCGCGGAGUCGCCCUACGGACACCUGGGCUACGGAGCCGGGCACCAUGCCUUCGCCAAGCUGCCGCAUGAGACGCAUCCCACCAUUCCGGAGGACCGCGACUCGGCCAACUACUCCAUGGCCUCCGACCAGGAUUGCGGUCUGUAUGUGACGGCCCAGCUGCACUAGGAUGGCCAGGUAUCCCUCUACUACACCAAGGACUUGGAACUGUUGCAAAGCGCCUUGCAAUCUGUGUAAAAUCCCUAAAAUCCUUAUAACCUAAGUUUAGCUGAUUGCCCUACGACCGUGGCCUACAUAUGCUUCUGCUGGUGACCACUCCUCCAUGGCAUUAUAGACGAACAUAUUAAAUGAAAUUUUAGGAGACUAACAUAUGUUGUAGUGCAAUCGGAGCACAGAUAGGAGCACACAUAGCAUUACCCAUUACUAUACAUAACGCCCUAAGUUAGCCUCUCGGUUUUUGUACAGCUCCGGCCCCCAGAGAAGCCACACCAAAUCCACUAAUCUUCCAAGGAUCAGCUGGUUACCCUAUCCAAAACUAUUCUCAAUUUGCUUUGCCUUGACGAUGAUCCACUGAAGUAUGUAGCGCUAACUGCCACUCAGAUGACCCACGAAAAGAAAAGAAACGAAAAAUUGAACCCAAACUAUAUCUAAAUCUAAACUACACCUACAUCUACGGCUAAAUCUAAAUCUAAAUAUAUAUAUUUAUAUUUAUACAUGCUAUGCUCGUAUACAAUGUGUAAGAUAAUAAGCUAAUCGUGUUUAAGUAAUCAAUGUAAACUAAUGUUUAUCAUAUCAUAUAUGAAUGAAUAUCGAUAGCUAAGUGUAAGACCCUAAAAUAUACUAAUCUGAAAGGAAUAAAAUAUCAUAGCUCGAUCAUGUGCAAGCACUCAAAGUAUUUUCCCCUAAGCAAUUUCUCUUAUCGAAGCAAAAAAAAAAAGGAAAAAUAUGGAAUGGACAUAAGGCAUACGAAUUUAAGCUGCAAUUCUAUGGUUUUUAUUGUAAGGAUAAACUGUAAAGUGGUAAAUCGUAAUUUCAUGGCACUAACUAGCCCCAACGCUAUGCUUCAGCUAGUCGGCAUAGAUGGCAGACACCCAGCAAGGCUUUGGCAUAUGUAUUUUCUAUGGUCUCUCAACGCUUAUCGUUUAAGAUGAAUGUAAAAUGUAAUGUAACAAAGCGACAAUAUGAAUAUUAUCUAAUGUAUGAUACAAACGAGUACUAUCCACGGCCCCAUACAUAUCUCACACGCACAAGACUUUCGACCUUAACCUACUCCUACUGCACGCUGGAAUGUCCUUUCCACCCAUACACCCCGCUUAUAAGGAUUCGUUUUUGUGCCCCGCGUAAAUGUAGUUAAAUGUACUCUUAUUUCAAAUCGGAACUCGUCAUAAGCCAUAAAGAACAUAUAACAUAUUUUGAGGAUUGUAGUUCCGAACCCAUUUUUGUAGAGCCUUCAGUUAACCGGUCGUAUUUAUUUUCGUUAUAAAGACUGAUUAGUAAUAUAAUACCUACAUUUUGAAAUGCACAUCCAUCAGAGAACUUGAAAAACUAGAGAUUCGAAGUCAGCUUGAGAAAUUCAUAGCAUUGAUACGAUAGUGGAUAGGCCAUAAAUAUAGUUUAGUAUGUCGUCAUUAACUUGGUUCCUUUGUGAAACGCACUAAACUAUACGAGAUAUCAGCAGUUAAGAAAGAAAACUUUUGUAAAAUAAUUUCAAAUUAAUUAACGAAUUAUUCAAAUAAAAUAUCCAAAAGAAACACUAAGUAUGCCCCAAAAGAGAAUUACGAAUACUUGAUUUAGUAACCUGGGUCACCAAUUUUUUUGCGCAAGCGGGCAAAACUUGUAAAUGAACGUAAGGUCAAACCCAGUAUCCGAUAUGGCGCAUGCAUCCAAAAACAUUUAUAUUUAACAAUAUAAAUCAAUGAAUGUUUAAAUUAUUUAUAUAUACAAUAUACGGAUUAAAUGGUUUAUCAAUGGUAAAUAAAGAAAUACCACCGCUUUAUGUAAAACCCCAAAA